CAGAGGGCGUAGCUCUUGAUGUCGAGAGGGCGGGGGGUCGCGCGUGAGCGCGCAACGUGGCAGAGUGACGCCAAAGUUUAUAUGCCCGCUAUUGCGCUGCGGGCCAGCGCUGGCUCCGCAAUCACCUCCACCGCACUCGGGCCAUGAUGGCACGUGUCAGGAGCACGGCAGCGCGCGUCCAUUGAAUUUGGAAGACACUCGCCUCUCACUCGGCAUUUAAUUUUACAGAUCCGUCUUCGGUCGCAAGCCCAGCCUGUGCUCUCGACGAUGUCAAAGCUCGUGACGGACGCGUGAUGCAAGGGUAGCAAAGCGGCGAGCGGUAACAACUAAGGGACGGUGGGGGGACACGCUAUGCGACUGCCUCGUCCGCGAGGGUACACAGCACGACUCGGCGAGUGAGCACUCAUGGAUAGCCAGCAAGAAGCGGCCACCAGCGCCAGCAGCAGCAGCAGGGCGCACGGUGAGGACUGCGAGGAGGAUGCGCAGCGUCCCAGUCGGGCAGACCGCUUCAAGCCCAAGCGGAAGAGGAAAACGACCGAGGGCAAGACCCGCAGAAUCCUUUCCAACAUCUUGCUAGAGGAGGCGAUCGACAGCGGCAAGGAGAACCCCAACCGCGCGUUCGCCAGCAACGCCAUCAAGACCACCAAGUACACCGUGUGGUCCUUCCUGCCAAAGAACCUAUUCGAGCAGUUCCACCGCUUCGCCAAUGUCUACUUCGUCUUCAUCGUGCUGCUCAACUUCGUGCCUGUGGUGAACGCCUUCCAGCCCGGCCUGGCAGUGCUGCCCGUGGCCUUCAUCCUGGCCGUGACGGCCGUCAAGGACCUGUGGGAGGACUACAGGCGCUACCACUCGGACCGGGAGAUCAACAACGCGCCCUGCCUCGUCUACUGCAGGGCGCAGCAGGGGUUCAUCGAGCGUUGCUGGAAGGACGUGCGCGUCGGGGACUUCCUGAAGCUGCGCUGCAAUGAGAUCAUCCCGGCCGACGUGCUACUGAUGGCCUCCAGCGACCCCGACGGGCUCUGCCACCUGGAGACGGCCAAUCUGGACGGUGAAACGAACCUCAAAUUGCGGCAGCUCGUCAAAGGCUUUGCCGACCUGGAUUGCGAUUUCGACCCUAUGAAGUACACAAGCAUCGUAGAGUGUGAGAGGCCAAACAACGACCUCAAUAAAUUUAAAGGUUUCAUGCUGCACAGCAACGAGCGCAAGGUCGGACUCAGCAAGGACAAUCUGCUGCUGCGAGGAUGCACGGUGCGCAACACGGAGUACGUGGUGGGGAUCGUGGUUUAUGGCGGUCACGAGACGAAGGCCAUGCUGAACAACAACGGGCCUCGCUACAAACGCAGCAAACUGGAGCGCAACAUGAACAUGGACAUCAUCUGGUGUGUGAUCAUCCUGAUCGUGAUGUGCCUCUUCAUUGCCAUUGCUCAUGGCCUCUGGAUGGCUGGGUACGAGGAAAAUCCGCCGUUCGACGUCGCGAGCAAGGACGGCAGCCACAUCUCGCCGGUGCUCUCGGGCUUCUACAUGUUCUGGACCAUGAUCAUCAUUCUCCAGGUGCUGAUCCCCAUCUCACUCUACGUCUCCAUCGAGAUCGUCAAGAUUGGGCAGAUCUACCUCAUCCACCAGGACGAGGAGCUGUACGACCCAGAGAGCAACACACCCCUCCAGUGCCGUGCCCUCAACAUCACCGAGGACCUCGGCCAGAUCAAAUACAUCUUCUCCGACAAGACGGGCACCCUCACCGAGAACAAGAUGGUCUUCCGCCGCUGCACUGUUGCCGGAAAAGAGUACUCGCACAGUAACAAUGCGCAGCGCCUGGCCGCCUACCAGGACUCGGAGUCCGACGGGGACGAGUGGGCAAGGGGCGACUCGCUCUGGCGGGGUGAGCCGCCGCCCCCCGUGCUGACCGCAUCGGAGCGCGCAUGCACCCUACCCUCACGCGCCGUGGGAGGGCGGCACGCGGGCAACCGCACCCAGCGGCACCGGCGCAGCCUCCGCAGGACGCCCAGUGCCCACUCUACGCGCUCCGCCCCCGGCGCCCGCUCCACACCCUGCCUGAUGGGCCACCGCCGGCAGCCCAGCGUACUCUCCAAGGAGGCCGCGUUCAGCAGCCCCAUGGAGAAAGAUGUGACGCCAGAUCCCCAGCUGGAGUCACGGGUUAGAAUGUACCUCAAGAAUCUCAAGUCUCUCCCCAGCAAAAACGGCACCAUUGUGAUUCCCGAGGACGUCGCGAACGUGGUAGACUUCUUCAUCACGCUUGCCAUCUGCAACACCGUCGUGGUGUCGUCUCCAAACCAACCACGCAUCAAGAAGAAGAAAGCGUCAGGAGUAACAUCACCGAUGAAGAAACUUGAGGAAAUGAUGAAGAAGCUAACACCGCUGCGACUCAGCUCUGUGACUCCCAGCUCAAGCUUCAGUUUGCAUUCAAAGGCAGCGGACAAGAGCAAUGCCCUGUACUCCCCAGCUGCCUACCGUGACAACCUGCAGGCCAAAGCAGAGACGGGGAGGCCUGUGUCUCACCCACCAACCCCUUGCUCUCCGCUGGCUGCCAAAUCACUGGCGGCUGGCACGCCUACGAGCCUGGAAAUCCCGUGGCUUGGGUGGAACACUCCUUCCCCUACGCAGGAAGACGAGUGUCCUUUCCGGAUGAGUAACGGGGUAUUGCCCACGGCAGAGCUCCGCUACGAAGCGGAGAGCCCAGACGAGGCCGCGCUAGUGUACGCAGCGAGGGCCUACAACUUCACUCUCGUCUCAAAAUCGCCCGACCAGGUCAUCAUCGACGUGCCGCACGUGGGGAGGUUGACCUUCGACCUCCUGCACGUAAUGGCCUUCGACUCGACGCGCAAGCGCAUGUCGGUGGUGGUGCGGCACCCCCUGACGGACGAGAUGGUGGUGUACACCAAGGGGGCCGACAACGUCAUCAUGGACAUCCUGAAGCCUUGCACCGGUGAGCAUGGAAACUCUGACAAAGACAAAGCUAAAGCAAAAAUGCACGCACGGACACAGGCCGACCUGAACCAGUACGCCAUGGAUGGACUGCGGACAUUGUGCAUCGCCAAGCGGGAGCUGACGGACGAUGAGUACGCAACGUGGGCCAAGAGCCAUCUGGAGGCCGAGGCGGCCAUCGACUGCAGGGAGGAGAUGCUGUUCGAGUCGGCCCUGCGCCUCGAGAGGGACAUGCAGCUGCUCGGUGCCACGGGUAUCGAGGACCGGCUGCAAGAUGGGGUGCCGGAGACCAUCGCCGCCCUGCGCGACGCCGGCCUGCAGAUUUGGGUGCUCACAGGAGACAAACAGGAGACUGCCAUCAACAUCGCGUUCUCCUGCAAACUUCUGGAUGCCAGCGACGAAAUCAUCACUCUCAAUACAGAGAGCCUGGUGGCGUGCGACAUGCUGCUGAAGCAGUUGCUCCAGAUGAUAGAGAACAAGAGCUUGAGCGUGGGGGACGUGGCGCUGUCAUCUGCGAUGGCCGGUACCGUGGUGACCACACGCCGCGGGCUGGUCAUCGACGGCAAGACGUUGUCGUUCGCACUCAACAAGGACCUGGAGGAGAACUUCCUGAAGCUGACGCGCCACUGCCGCUCGGUGCUCUGCUGCCGCUCGACCCCGCUGCAGAAGAGCAUGGUGGUGAAGCUGGUGCGGGAGAAGCUCAAGGUCAUGACGCUAGCUAUCGGGGAUGGAGCCAAUGAUGUCAGCAUGAUCCAGGUGGCCGAUGUGGGAGUGGGAAUCUCUGGUCAAGAAGGAAUGCAGGCGGUGAUGUCAAGCGACUAUGCCAUGCCACGUUUCCGACACCUUCACAAGCUGCUGCUGGUGCAUGGACACUGGUGCUAUGACCGUCUGGCCAACAUGGUGCUCUACUUUUUUUACAAGAAUGCGGCGUUCGUGACGCUGCUCUUCUGGUACCAGUUCUUCUGUGGCUUCUCAGGCUCAUCUCAGAUCGACCAGUGGUAUCUCAUGCUGUUCAAUCUGCUCUUCUGCUCGCUGCCGCCCCUGGUGACGGGCGUGCUCGACAAGGACGUCUCUGCCGAGACGCUGCUGGCCAGACCCCACCUGUACCAGAACGGCCAGAACUCGCUGGCGUACCGACCAAUUCUGUUCUGGGUGACCAUGAUGGAUGCGCUGUACCAGAGCAUGGUCUGCUUCUUCCUCCCCUACUUGGCCUACCGUGGAUCCGACGUUGACAUUUUCACGUGGGGAACACCAAUCACCACCGUCUCGCUCUUCUCCAUUCUCCUGCACUUGGCGAUCGAAACCAAGACCUGGACGUGGAUUCACUGGGGGAGCAUAGCCCUGAGCUUGCUACUCUACUUCCUGUUUGUGCUCGCCUACAACGCCAUCUGCAUCAACUGCGCCGCUCCCUCAAACCCCUACAUGAUCAUGGAGAUACUCAUGACGCAGCCUCUCUUCUACUUGGUCUGCGUCGUCACACCGUUGGUCGCACUGCUGCCCAGGCUUGUCUACCGGACACUGGAAGGCUCCUGCUUUCCAUCCGAGAAUCUGCGCGGGCGGCAGCUGGACAAGCUGCCCGAUGACAUCCGGCAGGGUGUGUUGCGGGCCGGUCUUGACCCAGACCCCGGACCCGCCCCCGUGCCCCUCGGGGCCCUGAUGGGUCGAGCCCAGUGCGCAUCUCCCAUGCUCUCCCCGACUGCCGCCGACUCGGGCAUUGCGCUCGAUGACUUGUCCGUCAGAAACAGCCGGUGCGAGGCCGCCACCGCCGCGAAAGACUUCCUACGGUCGCCAAGCAACGACUGCGCAACGCUUCCUGAGACCGGCACGGCAAAGCGGCCACAAGCGCUGCAAACGGUGUGGGACGUGCAGUCCUCUCACCACCACCACAGCUACUUGCACUCCGUCAGCACCUCUGAAGCCGACUCGGGAUUUCAGAGCCCGCCAAUGAGCGAGGACACAAACACAUUGCCAGGAACCCCUCUGUCGGACACAGACACUGUCACGACGCAAACAACCGAUUCGGCGAGGGCUUCACUGCGCGGGCACAGAGGCAGAACGAAGGAGCAGCUGUGCCACGUUGCCAGCAAUGGCAGAGCGACUGAGCCAGGAGACACUAUCGCCAUGUCUAACUUUGUGAAGCUAAACACGGGGAGCCCAAAGCGUAAGGAGGUCAUUCUCGAUCCACUAGGCCUGCCCGAAAUGCAAGAGACUGUUGUUUAUUUGGAUGAGAGUAUUUAUGAAAAUGUGUCCACUUCAAAGCUGUAGUAUCGGUGAGGCUUUAAAUGUGUUUACACGAACAAAACACCUGGACAAAGCUUGCUGAUUUUAUAAACAAAGCCAUUUUAUUAGCGUGACACAUCCAAAUAAGGCAAAGUUGUUUUCGUUAUAGAAAGGCAAACUGACUGCUUUACAUACGUGCAGUGGUAAAGAAUGAGGAUUUCUGUCAUUUCCUAGCACAGCGGGGCCAAAGCAUAAUCUUUCCAGAUUUACAGCAUUUAUUCAUCAAAUUAAUGUUGUCUGACCAAACUUAACGGAAAUGCUGAAAUCAGAAAAAUAAGUGCCUCUGUAUUUCCCAUAUCACUGCACCUUUUAAUAAUAACAUCACACAGCUAUGGGUCACAGUUUAUCAGUUGAAGUGGAAUGCGAAAGUGGCGACUGGAUGGGGUCAGUAACAAAGCAAAUGAUUCUAACUAAAGCAAAAUUGCAGAAACAUUUCGUGAAAUUGCAAAACGGUAAUUUGCAUCAAAGCUGAGCUCUGUCGUGUUAAACACAGCACUGCGGUGCCCAUCACUGUACCACGAGUUUGUCUUACAGGAAUGUUUCGUACCUGAUGCUAGGAAUAUUUAUAUUGUAAAUGCAAUGCCUGCUUUGAGUAAGCAAUGUACACGUUGGCCUUAAUUUACAAGCAGAUGUCGUUUGGCCAAAGUGGUCGACAUUUAGCAAAGAGAAUGGAACUCUUUGCUACGUUGUGCCUUCAUGCAAGGCAAAUUUUAAAAAACAUUUUUUUUUUUCAUGGGUAAAGCAAUAUGCAAUCAAGAAUAUUUUCAUUGGAAGCCACAAAACCAAUCUAAUACAAAUGUUCUUGUGAAUUUUAAAUGUUUUAUAUGUGACUGUACUUAUUUAACUCAUACGAUUUCCACGUGCGUGGAUAAGAAUGUUUCAUCUUGAAAAGAAAUCUGAUGAAUUACCUCAUCCUUUCCCUGCAAAAACAGCGUCCUAAGGUGUUGUGGGGUAACAUACAUUCAGAAUGUGCUCCUGCCAGUGCACAGGUUGCACGAGUCGACCACGUGGUAUACUUGGGAUAACCUUGCGCUCUUGGCAUUUAAUAUUAAAUUCACAAAUUAAGUAACACAAAUAUCAUUGCGGCCACAAUCAUUCACCCAAUGUGCAUGUCCAGCUGUUUUGUCAUUCACCUGCUGGAUGUGGACCUCUCCUUGUUGCGCAAGGCCAUUAGGGGUCAUCAGACAACACUUCACCAUGUUUGUCGGUUUGAGUUGGAAAAUUACGGAGAGCCUCGGUGUUGGAGUAGAAUAUGGUACAACAAAAUAUUUUGUUGCACUGCCAUUUGAUGACAAUGUGGCCCCCACUGCAGUCCACAGCACCUGUUUUGUGCCAGGCAGGCUCACUCGUGCUUUUUGCUUCCGAGACCUGACGAGAUGGGGCUCAUUUAUCCGUAACCCCCCGUGUAUUUCAGCACAAUCCAACUUGCAGUUACGUACCGUUUAGCGCCCAAUCUGUAUUGAGCUUGAAUACAUUUACUCGUCGCACUCCAACUGAUAAGAUGUGAUUUGAAAGACGAACAAUCACUGAUGUGGAUUAACUUGCAGUGUAUUCUAUUUUGUACAAAGGGCCAAGUACUGGCUGUCCCAUUAGCCCGGUUCCACUCAUAGAUGGGGCUUGGACACAGCUUCUCCCGCCACGAGGGAGACAAUAUUUCCUAACAAUUACUCAGCAUAUGUUAACAUUUGCGCGUAUUUUUUUUAAAUUGAUCAGCAACAUUACAUUGUCUGCAUUUUUGAAAACCCACCAAUUGAAUGUCCAUUGGUAUAUUUUUUAUGAAGCUAGGUCUAUGUUGUCACUCGUCAUAGCUAGAGCAGCUGUUUACGGAGACGCUAAAACCUCGACAAGUCUGACUGGGCGGAGGGAACUUCAAGCUAUGGGGAUGUCAGGAACGUGCUACAAUAUUGAAAAUGUGUACAGUAUAUUGCACAUUACAUUCACACAUAACACCUCACACAUUUAAUUGCGCUCAAUAACUAGAUAAGCAUCAACUGAAUGUAUCCAGUUGAAUAUUCGCAGUUAAAUAACACCUAAAAAGUUACUAAUGUACAGGUUAGUCUCAGUCACUUCCCUCCACCAUCGAGCAGAGGAUGAUGGUGAAGACUGAGGUUCGCUGGAUGGGGGAAGGCUGAGAAUAUGAGCUUCAAGAAUGUUUUGAGUUUAUUUGCAAAGUAAAUAAAUACAGAUGUUUAAAAGCCAGAGAGAGCUCUGUCAGGGCGUGUGGAUGACUGGAGGCACAGGUUGCACGAGUCUACCACGUGGUCUAUUUGGGAUAACAUCGCACUCUUGGUAUUUCAUAUUAAAUUCCCAAACAGAUGAAGUAAUUUUUUAUAUCUGUGAAAAAUAUUCCUUUUAAAUUAAAUACUUUUUUUAUUAAAGGAUAAGGAACAAAAAAGAGAGUGCAACUCUGGAGGAGAUUUGGUUUCCGAGCUAUCUUAUCGAUUUAUUUCGGGGCUGCCUUUCCGACUGAACUCGAAUAAUGGCUCAGUCCGGCUUCAAGAGGUUUUACUGCACAUUCUGUACGCAACAAUAUGAGGGAAGUUCAUUGCUUUUAUACAUACAAUAUUUUUAGUUUUGUUUACCAUUGGCAGACGUUUAAUCAAUGGGCAGUUCCCCUUAAAAAAGGUUUAAAAUUGACAGCAUUGAAAUGAUAGCGUUGAACACCAGUGUUUGGUCAUAACAUUACCAGUUAUAGCGGGACAUCUAUGGACUCCUUGGGAUGAUGAUCCCCAGUCAGGAUAGGGCCCAGGUAACAUAGAUUAUAUGACACUAGUUUAUAAUAUAUAGUACGGAUGUGCCUUAGCGUUUUCCGAAUUGUAAUGUUUUCUAAGGGUUAUAAAGAGGACACCUAUGCAAAAUGUCCAUCCGUGUUGUGGGACGAUUGAAGCCAUGCUAUUUAUAAUAAUCUGCUCUGUUAGAAUUAGAGUUCUUUAUACAAAACAAAAUGUGCAUUACAAUAUGAAUGCUUUAAAUGCCUAAACAAAAUGAUAAGCAUACGUGUUUGAUAGCAGUACCGAGAGUGGUAGUUGUCGAUGUUUUGUUGGUUUUAAAGAAAAUUAUGCAAUAUUUCAACAUGGGAUCAAAUAUUAAUUUUAUGUGGAGGACUUCUUUGUAUAUUUGUCACUGUGAUUCAUGAAACCGCCAAUGGUGGUAAAAUGUAAAAACAAGUGUUCUGGUGCAUUUUAAGCUUCAGGAUGCUUAUGAAUAAUGUUUACAAUUAAGAAUUACUGUUUGUGUAAUAUUGUGCUUAAAUGAAACAAAGUUUUUUAAACAAUAUUAAGGGUUUCAUAUGAAAAUGAAAUUGGCAAUAUGUUGGGUUGUCUGUACUGAAGAUUUGUUGACCUUUAUAAACACCAAGUUUACAAGGAAAAUGGUUUUACAGUCACUGUUGCGUUAAAGUAAUUUUAUGGAAUGUUAACUGUUGAUUCAAAACUGGUUUACGCAUCCAAAUCUGCAUGUGUAAUAAAAAAUAAUAUAUUUUGUAGAAUAAAGUUGUUUGAAUG